AUGGGACUUAUAGCCCCAGUCGUAGUCAAGGCGAAGAUGAUAAUGCAAAAGAUAUGGAAACAGAAGACUGAUUGGGAUGAAGAAGUUCCAGCAACAAUUAAAGAAGAGUGGAAAACCCUUCAAAAUCAGUUCACUCUUCUAAAAGAAAUAAAGAUUCAACGGCUAUUAACUGCCAAAUCAAAAGUAGCACCAAUCAAGAAUGUGACUCUGCCACGACUAGAACUAUGCGCAGCAUUACUAUUAGCUAGACUUUAUAAGCACAUAAGUAAGGUAAUCAAUAUACAUUUUGACAAAACGUUCAUGUGGAGUGAUUCGACCAUUGUUUUGGGAUGGUUAAAAACUGAUCCCAGCAAGCUAAAAUGUUUGUUAGCAACAGAGUGCAGGAGAUUCAGGAAACAACAUCCGGAAUAG